AUGGCGGCGGAACUGCCUGCGGCAAAGGCCAAAACAGGCAUCAAGGUCAUCGUUGUUGGAGCAGGAUUUGGCGGGCUCACGGCUGCCAUUGAAUGCCACCGACAAGGCCACGAUGUAGAAAUCUACGAAGCAUUCCCAGUUUUGAAACCACUGGGUGAUAUCAUCUCAUUCGGAUCCAAUGCAGGCCGGAUUUUCCGGCGAUGGGGUGUAGACGGCGAGAUCACCAAUAAAAUGCGAAGCAUCAGCAUUGAUUUGAGGAAACACGGUUUCAAGAUCCAUAAAUACACGGGUGAACACAUCAUCACGCAAGCAACCCCGGAGCAAAAUCCCGACGCUCCGGUUUUCAAUGGCCAUCGAGGCGAAUUGCACGAGGUUGUUUUCAAUCACGCCAAGGACGAUUUGAACAUUACCAUCCAUCUUGGCCGCCGGAUAGAAAAGUACCUCGAAGAGAAGGACAGGGCAGGUGUAGAGCUCGACUCUGGCGAAAAGGUCUGGGCAGACCUCGUCAUUGGUUCGGACGGCGUUCGUUCAAAAGCUCGUGAACUAGUCUUGGGCUAUCUCGACAGGCCAAAGAGCAGUGGCUAUGCAGUUUUCCGAGCUUGGUUUCCAAAUACCGACAUGAUCGCCGAUCCUUUAACAAAGCACUUUUGCGAGAAUGGGGACACUUUCAACGGAUGGAUUGGUCAAGAUGUCCAUUUCCUCUUUUCAACCAUCAAAAAUGGAAGUGACUGUUGUUGGGUUUUGACGCACAAGGAUGAUGCAGAUAUCGACGAAUCUUGGUCCUUCCCAGGAAAGUUGGAAGACGUCUAUAAAGUCUUUGAGGGUUGGGAUCCACUCUGCAAAACAAUCGUUUCCAAGACCCCAGAGAGUCAUCUAGUAGACUGGAAGCUGGUUUACCGAGACCCCCUCCCUACCUGGGUCAGUAAAGGAGGUCGCAUUUCCUUACUGGGGGAUUCCGCCCACCCAUUUCUACCUACAUCAGCCCAAGGCGCAACCCAAGCGAUGGAAGAUGGCGUCACGCUUGCAGUCUGCCUCAAACGAGCCGGCAAGGGAGAAAUCCCUGACGGCUUGAGGACAUACCAAAGAAUAAGAUACGACCGCGUCAAGGCAGUCCAAAAAACCGGCGAGACCACCCGCGACAUGUGGCAUAAGGCAGACUGGGAUAAGGUCAAGACAAAUCCCGAAUCAGUCCAAUUUCCAAGAGAGGAUUGGAUUCAUCAAUUCGAUGCCGAGAAGCAUGCCGAAGAGGUCUUUGAGGAGAACUUCAACCAUUUCAAGGCCACGGUAAAUGGUAUUCACUGA